AUUCUCAUAACAGGAAUUAGGAUUGAGCAUCUCUAUAUAACCAUGCACUCCCCAAUAGAUAGACACAACAAUCUAGUCACUCAGAAACUUGUCGCAUAAAACAUUUUCCUAGAUACAUACUAUUAUCAUAAAAAGCUUACGUACAAGUCAGUUUUCAACAUUAGAAUCCUUAUUGCCACCAUGUCUUUCUACAAAGCAAGAAAGAAAAAAACAAUUGAGGCAUGAAAUCAUAAUAACUUGAUUACUCCCCCGACAAGCCAAAAAAGAAGCAGAGGAAUUUUAAUUUUUCUUCAAACAGAGAGAGCUCCUUUGAAACGCAUAGUUUGAUUUUGCCAUUUUUUUGUGAAGUGAAAAAAGUCCCGCUUGUUUCUCAAGAGAGGACAAGAGAAUUAAAGGUUUGAAAGCUGAAUCAGGUCAUGUGUGUACUAUCUAAACAAGAGGUCUUAUAUUCUCUCAAGUUUUUGUAGCCUGUGCCCUGUGGCAUUCCCACCUAUUCUGCAUUUAAUCUAUCUUUCAUAUUUAAUGACCUAUGCAGAGAAAUAAUGAUGAUUGCAUCUUCUCUUAUGGAACCCAAUGACUAACUGAACAACCCCUAUGUCCUUAUAAAACUCUGGUAUUUAUGCUUUCUGAGGGUUAAUUUCACUUUCAUUGACAGCUUCUACCUGUGUCUGGUGCUGGGUAAGUCAGAGAAUUAAUGCACUUCCAGGUGGUGUUGUGUGGUGAAGACUUGUCCCAAGGUCAUUAAAGAGAUUCCGAUCGUUUUGCUUUGAGUCUUUGAUACACACAUACAUACAUAUCUCAAGUGGUGGUAUUUUCUCAGGAUGGAGCCAUUCGGUGCAGAGGAAUGUCACAGCAGUGAAUCUGGAUGGACCAUGUAUAUUGGGUCCUCUAUAGAUGAUGCUGGUGGACAUAGUACUGAUGAUGGUGAUGGUGAUGAUGACAAUGACGACGACGACAAAGAAGAAGGUACUCAAGCUCAUCCACAAGAUGAUGAUGAAAGUGAUGAUUCUAUGGCUUCUGAUGCGUCUUCUGGGCCAAGUCAUCAUCAUGGCUUUGCGGAUUUCCGGCGAGAUUCUGAAGAGGGAAAUCAUGACAAGUAUUGCUUUGAGAAGAAAGCAAGUAAAACCCAACACAAGCAAAUGGAAGGGGAAAAGGUGGAAAAGAAAGGGAUGUUACCGGUUGAUAGCAAAGAUAAGUCUCCAGUUCAGGGUUGUGGCAAGGUGAGAAAAAAUUAUUUUGUGGGGAAAAGGAAAUAGGGUGUAUUUCCUUCCCUGCUCCACAGCUGGUUAAUUUGUUGCUUAGGUUUUCUUUUGAACUAAAUAAUUAAUUUAUAGCUGCAAUUACUGUGUAGUCAAUUGCAUUUCCAUAGUUGUUGUGAUAGUAAUGGCCAUUUCACUAUAUUAGCUACAGCAUGCAAGGAUUAAAGGGUAUGGAUGCAUAUCUGGUUAGUUCUGAAAUAUGUUGUUCAGAUAUGUACUAGUAUGUUACUUUUUGUACGCUGUCUAUAAGCAUUACAAACAUUGAAGGUUUUUAUUAUUAUUA